AUGCUGUCUGGGAGACCCGAGAAGGCAGGGACUCUGCGAGGCCUGCUGCCGGAGGUCACGCAGCGACUGCAGGACGAUGACACUGACAUCAGGACAGGGGCCCUGACUGUCCUCAGCAACAUGCUCUGCCUGGCAGAGAGGCAGACGGCUGUCCCCAUCGCUCUGCAGCUGCCCGAGACGCUCCUGCCACUCUUUGAAAACGAGUCCAGCUACGUGCGAAGGCGCUCCAUCCUCCUCUGCAGAGAUGCGAUGGAGGUUGCAGUCGGCGCCCACAAAGAGCAGAUGAGGAAGGACGUGCAGAGGAGCCUGAUGCCCCUGUUCUUCCACCUGCAUGACCAGGAUGACAGCGUGGCUCAGGCCUCUCGGGAAGCCCUCCUUGGAGCUGCCACGUUCCUGAGGCGGAGGCAGCUCAGGCAGCUGCUGGAGACAGAGCAGACAUGGAGGGUUGGCGAGUGCCUGCUCGUGGAGGACAGCAGCAGAACAGAGGAGUACCUGCACCAGAGCCUGCCAUACCUGCAGAGCCCACAGGAGCCCUUGUGCCAGGCAGCCAUCAGGUUCACUGCCCUGCAAGGCAAGGCGAAUGACAGCAGCCUCCCCGUCUCUACCCUGGCAACUCAAACACUGAUGAUCCUGGGCGCUACAGUGGAAGAGCCUCCCUCCAGAUUCCACCCACGAGCGCUGUGCUACCGGCUCCGAAGGGCAUGGAGGAGGAGAGGGAGGACCCCUGCCCCGGGAGACGGCUGGCUGGGCUGCCAGAGCUGUAUGCAGAGCUGA